AAAAAUUGCUACGGCAAAAAUUCUCAUGCAAAUUACCUAUAAAAAGGCCACCCUGAAAAAAGCCGGGGUCAGAUAAAUAAGCACCAAAAAAAUCAAAAAAUCGCUAUGCCAUGGAAAGGGUGGAACUUGUAAAAAGACUUUCUUUAUUAGAAGAACAAAAGAAUUUAUUUCUAGAAAAUAUUGAAACUGCUAAAACAAACGGUUGGCUUAAAGACGAAUACGACGACGACGACGAUUACAAAGGAAUAGAAGCAGAAAAACUAACCGCUGUAAACAUGGUUAACGCUGAUAAUACAAUACUUGAACAACAAAGUCUUUCGACUUUGGAUUUUCGAGUUCAUCAUUUAGAAAAGUCGAUCCUUGGGUUUGACCCUAUUACUAAAAAAGCUUCGGUACACGAAAAAUUUAAAGAACAACUUUCCUUACUAAAAAGGGUUGACGAAAUCAAGAAGGAAUUUAACACAAUUAUACGGGAACGUGAUGGAGCUGAUGGAUUGAAAUCGUUUCUCGAAAUUUACGACCAGGUGUCAGAAUGCGUGUCUCCUUUUAAAGACUCUGCACUUGCAAUGGAAAGAGUUAUUUUGACACCUGAAGCUAAAGCAGAAAUUAUUUCUUCUUCAUCUGAGGAACUAAAAUUGGUUGCUGAAAAUUUGAAACUAAUUGAUGAAUUGCAACCAAUAAUUGAAGCUCAAGAAUUUAAAGAUCUUGAAAAAUUCCUUCCUAAACUUACACCAAUUGAAACUGUUCACAUUGAUCAAGCUGCAAAAGCGAAUGAAACAUCUGCUCGUACAACGUGUUUAUUAGAAAAAUAUAAUGGAAUUGUUAAUACUCUCUCGGAACUUUUUAUUUCUUGGGAUAAUAUUCUUUCAACAAUUGAAGCAAAUGUUUCUGCGAUUGAAAGAGCAAGAGGGAAUUAAAAUGAGGUGAGGCUUCAUAAAUUAAUACUUAAAAGUAUUAAUACUCAAAAGCAGCGAUGUUCAUUGGAAAGUUUAUACAUAUAUGUAUAUGUAUAUAUAAAAUAAUGUGUAUUGAAAAACUAUUGUAAAUAUUGGAAGGAAUUGGAAUUGGGAGGUCCGAUUUCAAUCAUUGAAAGCUUCCAAGAACCAUCACUGUUCAAAAAGUUUUUUCGAUUCCUCAAAAAAAUUUUUUUUGGAUUCUAAUCAACUUUUUUUUCUUUUUUUUUUUUCACUUUAAAUGUUAGUCAUGGGCUGG